AGGUCACGUGGUUCACCCAUCGUGUAUUUCAUGCUCAUCAUUUCAACCCGUGCGGUUGAUCCAUUCGGUACUGCUUAUUUGGAAUUUUGUGUAAAUUACUUAAUUCAAAAAUAAUAACUUAAGAUAAUUUUCGGAUGGUUUGGUAUCAAAAUUUGAAUAGACAAUUAUUAUUCUGCUCUCCUCACGUGGAACAUGUAUACUGUAUCAAAAGGGCCUAGCAAAAUUGUCGCCAAGACUCGUAGAGGAAUUAGUCAGAAUCUUGAGAGAUUGGAAACUUUACGUGAUUUAACGCGUAAAGCAGAUCCUGAUGAUAACCACGAGACCACCCGGCAUGUACCUAAGCCAGUCUUUCAUAUGAAUGGAAAAUCUAAACUCAGUUCGCAUAGGCAUCAAAUGCAAGAAGUUAUCACGCCACAACAUGAGGAACUUAUUAAAUUUGUUUAUGAAUCAUGGAAUCAGGUAAAUACAAGGCAAAGAAGUGAAUCUUCCGAUGGUUCUGACUGUUCAGAGCCUUCCAGUCCAAACUCUAUAGUGUAUUAUAAUGAUGGAGAACCAAAUGAUAGUCUCCAAGACUUUAAACCGUUCGAUUUGGAAUCUUGGUGGGGCAAGCGAUUAUUUAACAACAUUACAAAAUCGCUCUGAGACAAAAAAAAGUUGAUACAAGUUACGAAGAUUUUUGAAGUAGUACAGAAUGGUGAACAGUGUUGAGAAGAUUAGUCUAUUUCAAAUUGUAAAUGCAAGUUAAGAAUAACUGAAUUAUUUCAUAGUGUUGAACUGGAAGUGUAAAGAUGAACCCUGGUUAGCAAGCUACCAUGGAAUUUCAAUCGGUGAAUCUACAGUCUCAUAUAAAUACAUAAAUGAUUUUAUACAUUUUUCUAUUACAUUAUAAACGAAAUUGUUUUUGUACAAGUUUAGCAUCAAACUCAAUCAUUGGAAAUUUUUUAUAAAUGCAUAUAUAUACGUAUCAGACAUUCUCAUUUCAAAUAAUUUACAUUGAUCAAAUAAGUAUUUUCAUUACAAAAUACAUUGCAAAAUACACAAUGCAACAACGCAUAAAAGUUAAGGAAUUUUAUUUCUUAAAUGUUGCUUUAUAUUUUUAAGGCUGUUCCGAUUUUAGAAAGUGUAAAAGUGUACAGAACUUCCUUUAAGUAUAAAAAUAAUAUGAAAUUCAAAUUAAAGAAAUUUAACGGAACACAAUAUGAGACCGACAAUUUCGUUAUUAAAAACAUUUAUAGGUUUUUAAAAUAAUGAAGGUGAAGAUAUAUCUCCUGAAAGCAUACCAAAUAGGGUUAAGUACAGACAGUAAUCCCUGACGGUAUGAAUGCAGUGUGGAAAAAAUGGAUUUUUAAUCAUAGAAUGAUGUACAUAUUACAUACAUUGUUUGUGUGAAUGCAUAACACAUUGCUGAUAUUGUUAUGACAAUUGUAUCUAAAUACUUUUACAUAAGCAGUUGUUUAGUAUAACUUUGUAGACUGAUAAUGUUUAAGAUUGUCAAACAAUUGCCAGACAAAGUAAAACUUGUCCCUAAUGUAUUUGCAAACUCUACUUUCAAAAUUUUCAUUUCACACUGACUCAAAUUAAUCACCUCUAGGUUUAGUGAUCUUUUUUUAGUUUUGAUUUCCACUGCACAGAUUAAUUAUAUAAGGCCAUAGUAUGAAAUAUAAUAUAAUUUUGAAAAGCAGAGUUUGUGAAAGUAGUCAAAAUGUAGUGCAAUAUUUGGCCAUUUAAGGCUGAAUCACGCAGUUAUAAAUAAAUACAAAUUUAUAUAUUAAAAA